GACUCCACCGUAACGGCAAUUUCAACUGGAGGAACCCUUACGAACCCCCAAGCAACUUCACGGCCUCCCACUCGCCAUGUCUCUCAAGAACGAUGCUUUCCCCUCUUCGGAGGCCUUUGAAGCCAUCAACGCUGCUCUCCAAUCGUCCGACACUGAGCGGAAAGAUGCAAUUAAGCAAGGAAAUGCCGUAUUCGCUUUCACGUUAAAGAACAAGGCCGGCGAGACGGAGAGCUGGCAUAUCGAUCUGAAGAACAAGGGAGAGGUAGGGAAGGGGCUUGGAGACAAGCCAACAGUGACCCUAUCACUCUCUGACGAUGACUUUGGCAAAUUGGUUAAUGGCAAGGCAAACGCCCAACGACUAUUCAUGGGAGGCAAAUUGAAGGUCAAGGGAGAUGUCAUGAAGGCCACCAAGAUGGAGCCGAUUUUGAAGAAGGCUCAGGCAGUGAAGGCAAAACUGUAGAUGCACUUGGCACUUGUAAAAUACUAUUUUUGACACUCAAAGCCUCUUAUUGGUAUCCUUGUGCUUGGACGUCCGGCCGUCCUCGAGUCACUC